AUGGCCUACGACCCGCACUACCACCACAACGACUCCCUCAUGCCGGAGCGCAUGGGCUCGACAUACCACCCAGUGACACCUGCGCCUGAGCGCGAGCGUUCAUAUUUCAAACCAGCGCUAAUGGAAGAAACUCACAAGGAAAUCGACUCCGCCGUCGACCAAAUGAGGAACAACAUCACCCAAGUCGGAGCUCGCGGUGAGCGCCUCGACCACCUGCAAGACAAGACCAACAACCUCGCCGACUCCGCGAACGGCUUCCGACGCGGCGCGAAUCGCGUGCGCAAGCAGAUGUGGUGGAAGGACAUGAAGAUGCGGAUGUGUAUCAUUGUGGGAAUCAUCGUGUUGCUGAUUGUCAUCAUUGUGCCGAGUGUCAUCGCAGCCCGCAAGUAA